UUUUAGCAGUUUCUAAGUGCCGCCUGAGGGUCAGAGCAACAUAAACACAUCCCUUCCGUAUUUUCAUUUAAUAAUAUAUAUUCCACGUUGACAAACACUCCGAGGAUGGAUUUCACGAUCCGGGCCGCCACGCUCGAGGACUGUAAGGACAUCUCGCGGAUGAUACUGGAACUGGCAGAGUAUGAGAAAGUUUCUGACCAGGUCAAGAUUACACAACGAGAUCUGGAGCAGGAUGGAUUCUCUAAAAACCCUUUUUUCCAUGGAAUUAUUGCUGAAGUGCCAGAGCACCAUAAGUCUAGAGAGGGUCACACCAAGGUUGGUUACUCCCUGUACUUCUACACAUACAGUUCAUGGAAAGGUCGGGCGGUGUACAUGGAGGAUCUGUAUGUGAUGCCAGAGUUCAGAGGGAAAGACAUGGGCAAGGCUCUGAUGUCCAAAGUUUCCCAGCUUGGUCUGGCUGCUGGCUGCACCCAGCUGAAUUUCACUGUGCUGGACUGGAACAAAUCAUCUCUUGACUUCUACCUAAAGCAGGGCUGCUGGGAUGUGACCUCUGACCUCGGCUAUCACUGCAUGCACUGUGAGGGCGAUGCCCUUGAACACUUGGCCCAGGGGGACCUUUAAAUUUUGAAGCACAUAGAUUCCCCCGUCAACCCCUGACCAGAGCCACAAGUAACAAGCUGUUUGAUAAACACAGGAAGACAGUAAACUACCAGUUAAAAUGGGGAAAAUGGAAUAAGUAACCAUGCUCAUAUCCUGCAUACAUUUUCUGCAACUUUAUGAGGUGAUAUAGACGAGCAUUAUUACAGAGAACACCAUACAGAAGAUGCUGCUUAUUUAUGUUGCCUCAAAAAGUGCAUUACACAUUGAUUCAUUCUACACAUUUAAAUUGGGAAGUCUGGCCUAACCAAAGAUUCAGAAGUGCACUGUUGUGUUAUUAGGAAUCACAUCUAUAUUGGGCAUAUUAUUACAUAAUCAUUUUUCUACUAGUGGAAAGAGUGGAAGUGAAAUUGUUACAGAUGGUGCUGUUACAAUCGUAUGUAUUUAGAAUUUAGAACUUGUUCUUAGAUGUUCUAUUUAAAUAGUCAUUUGAGUAUUUAGCCAUAUAUAACGUGUCAUUUUAUUUGUACAUUUGAAUAUUUAUUUGUACGUUUGAACAUCUAGUCGGUCUCGCUCACAAAACCACUUGAUCUAAAAUUAUACACAAGUAGUGUUCUUAAACUAUGUUGUAAUAUAUAUGAAGCACUGAUCGGUCCACAAGAUUCACAGCCACCUAGAACAUGAAGAUGUGUCUGUUUAUGCUGCAGAUGCAAAGAUAUGAGCCACAUACUUUUCUUGACUAACUAUUGGUAACUGUUACCAGUCAUAACCGAGAAUAAUCUCACUAAAAGUAGAAUAAUGCACUACAAUUAGCUAAAUCCUAUUUGUUAUUGGUUAGUGAAACCAUGCUUGGAUUUUGCUUUUCUGAAGUUUACUUUUUUUUUUUUUUUUUUAACUUUACCUUGUAGAUUAUUUGUGUGCAAUUUUUAGUAACCAGAUAUUUGAUGUUUAUUGCCAAAAGGUAUUUGGCAAGAAAAUCUUGUGCUGUUACUGAAUACAUCAUAAGUGUGAACAACAUACAACCCGUAAGUACCUCAGUCUCUAAAUUUAGUUAGUAAUUAGUAACAUUUUAUGACCUGUUGGGAUGGAACUGUUAUUGUGUAGCACUUUAGAGAACAUCUGUGUAGCCUCAUCGUAAAGAUGGCAAAAAAAAAAAAAAAAAAAGUUACAUUGUUACAAGCUGCUGUAUCCAAUGUACUGUGGAGUCUGUUGUUCUAUCGGCCAUUGAUAAAAGUACAUUU